GCGGGAUGUUGUUUGUCGGUCGUUACGCGCUCGUGCUGAGUGUCGGGCCGGUCCGGGCUCGUUUCGGCGGCUUCCCGGAGAUCUUCACAGCUUUUCGGCGCUUCUUUUGAUCUUUCGGGGAAGUAACGUCACUGAUUGAGGAACAGAGGAACAGAAAUGAAUGAAACAAGAAAAGUUAAUGAUCGUCUUCAUAGUGGAUGUGUUUCUGACGUUAUGCUGUAAAACAUACAGUAGCCUAGUCAUUUAUUUAAUUAUUUUUGUCCUGAGAGAUCCAGUGAUGGCACGCAAUAAUAGCAGCUACGCUCCUUUUGAAAACCCUCCCCAUGUCUCGGGCGCGGAUCAGCCCCCGGCGUACGACGCCUCGCUCCCUCCGGUGGCCGGCGUUCCCGUCGCCGUUCCCGCCGGAGCGCCGUACCCUCCGCCCAACGCCUUCGGGAACCCGGCGUACGGCGGCGGAGCCUACGAACAGCCGCUUCCGUACGAAGUGACGAUGGUCGAACCGGGACACAGUGAUCCUCCUCCGGUCUACGACAACGAGCAGUUCGACGGCUUCGGACUCGAUAAUAAAACCAUCAGGAGACUGUUCAUCCGCAAGGUUUUCGCCGUCUUGAGUGUUCAGCUGGCCAUCACCUGCGGCUUCGUGGCCCUCUUCACGUUCGAGCCUCACGUCAAGCGCUACGUGAAGCAGAACGUCUGGACGUACUGGGUGGGCUACAUGGUGUUCCUCGUGCCCUACCUAGUGAUCCUGUGCUGCGGAGAGUUUCGUAGGAAGCACCCGUGGAACCUGGUUUCUCUGAGCGUCCUGACUCUGGCGAUGUCCUACAUGGUGGGAGUGAUCUCCAGCUUCUACGACACUGAUAUCGUGAUGAUGGCGGUCGGUAUCACGGUGCUGGUCUGCUUCACGGUCAUCGUCUUCUCUCUGCAGACCAAAUAUGACUUCACUUCCUGUUACGGCGUGCUGUUCAUCUGCUUCAUCGUCCUGAUGUUCUUCGGGAUCCUGUGCAUCUUCAUGUACAGCAGGAUUCUGGACCUGAUCUAUUCGGCGCUGGGCGCUCUGAUCUUCACCUGCUUCCUGGCCGUGGACACACAGAUGCUUCUCGGGAACAAGAGCCUGUCUCUGAGUCCCGAGGAGUACGUCUUCGCCGCGCUCAACCUCUACCUGGACAUCAUUCAGAUCUUCCUGUACCUUCUGCGGAUCCUGGGAAGAAGCCGUGGUUAGAAGCGCUCCGCCGGAGGAACAAACACACGCUGAGCCGCUCUUUUACUUCUGUUUUACAUUUUCUUUCACUUUCGUGAGCAGACACGACAGCGAUGAAAGCAUGUGUCCGUCUGCUCCUUAUCUGUUCUUGGUUUUUAUGCAUUUUGGUUUUAUUCUAAAGAAGGGAAUAAAGACAUUUUCUCAA